AUGAGUGAAUGGCAGCAUGUGCCUCUAACAACCUGUUGUUGCCCCUAUUGCGCCCAAGUUUCCACAAAUAGUCGACGUAGUCGAGUUGAUGGACAUUGCACAAGAGAGAGGAUCUGCUCUCAAGCUCCUCAGCAAUCCCAAGUAACACUUUUCAGAACUCAUUCUGUCAGAAGAAUUGGACCGUUGGAUAAUGGAUGUACCCCAGCUCCACCGCCUGAUACUACCUCUGUGUGUUGUCAAACUUGCAAUUUUGGUGAUUCUGCCGAACUUUCUAUUCUAACUCAUCUUGCGAUUAGGCAACAUGACUUGAAUAACCGGGAUAUGCACAGCCGUCAUCGUUCGCCAAUAAGGACAUGUCGUAGUCCAUCAGCCAACCGAAACGUGCGCUUUUGCAGUUCAGAUCGCUCAACUUGCCUCAGACCAGUUUCUCCUUGUCCUUCAGAGUGUGCAAAUCGCUGCACUUCACCACUAUCUCGUUCAAGUAGCCUAGUUCGUGUUUACUCUCGAUCAAAUUCUCCCAUGUGUGAAACCAUAGUAGCAGCAUCGCUACCCUCCAAAUCAGCUGGAACAUCUGUGUACUGUGAAUCUACAAACGACGUCUCCUGCUCUUGCAAUUGUUCCACUUGUUGUGAUAUCAAAUUUCCACCUCCUCCACUAAUAGAACCACCUGUAAUGGUCCCUUGCAGUCCCUGCGAGGUUAAAACUUGCGUCGAAAGUUGCACGAAUACAGAACCUCAAUGCGAAGCUAUUCCAUGCUGCAAGGUACCAGUCUGUUGUCCUCCUCUAAAACCUUGUGCAACGGAUUUCUGCUGCCAAGCAAAUCCAUGCCAAUCUCCUUCCCCCUGUCCAAAAAUUGAACGCUACGAGACAACAUCAUGUCGCGUUGAACGAAUUACAACAAGGCGUCGAAGAGCUUUACCAAUGAGAAGUUUUUCAUGCACUCGAAGUUGUCCUGAUGCUAGCUACUAUCUUCGGCUAAUUGAAAGAAAAGAAAAUGAUCUGUGGAACAAGAUUUCUGAAUGUGAAAUGGAUCUGGCAUCAUGUGAAUGCAUGAUGAGUUGUGACGUUAUUGAUUACAUCAAGGAGGCCAUCUCGAAAAGCCGUGAGCUGAUAGACUGCGACUUCCGGCGAAUUCGAAGGGUCUGCGAACCCGAUGUAAUGCCAUGUUGCUGCUGUGAUGGGUGUUGCGAGAGGAGAAAUUGCAAAACUAUUGAAGAAUUAUGGAAAGAAUUGCAGUGCAAGAUAAGCGAAGUCUCAUGCAUGAUGGAUCGGAUCGAUAGACUUAGGUCUAACGGUUGGAAAUGCUAG